UUUAAUAUGAGGUCGUGGCAGUGAAAGUUGCGAUUUUCCGCGCGGUAUUCCAGAGUGUGUAUGUCUGUAUGAAGCGCUCCUGCAGUAGGUGGCUGUACGCGCACACUGAUCCGGCGCGCGCCGCUCUCCGCCGAGCGAACACGAGCUUCCUCACCGUCCUGUCAAUAAAACACUCCACGAGCAGCGCGAAACACAUCUCAAACACAUCUGAGUGUUUAUUUAAUCCACAUUCUCACUCAGUUAUUGAUUCGGAUUGUUGCCGGAGGGACACUUGGAGAGACUUUGUUCGCAUCGCGCUACCGGACACCUGCGCGUCCGCUUCACCUUGUGGCAGAAUGUUCCUCUGAUCCACAGACUCUUUUUCACGCGGAGUGGAUUUUUUGGGGCUCGAUCGUGCCGUGGGUUUAUGUGAUAUUUCUAAAAAUGCAUCAUCACCAUCAUCAUCACCAUCAUCAUCAUCAGAGAAUGGCCGCGUUAGGGACGGAUAAAGAACUGAGCGAUUUACUGGAUUUCAGCGCGAUGCGAAACAGCGAUUUGAAAAUGUUCCCCACAUCAAUGAUGUUUUCCCCUCCUGUCAGCAGCGGGAAGAAUGGACCGACGUCUCUGGGAAGUGGACAUUUCUCGGGCUCAAAUCUGGAGGACAGAGCGAGUUCGUCGUGGGGAAAUGGAGUUCGUUCAACAAAAAAUUACGCUGACGGCUCUCAAUACGGUCACAUGCCCAGUCGGGACCUGGGGUCACAUGACAGCAUCUCUCCACCGUACGUCAACUCCAGAUUAGCAGGUAAAACGGAGCGAGCGUCGUACUCUUACGGACGAGACUCCAGCAUUCACGGCUGUCAGUCGAGUCUCAUGGGAGGUGAAGUGGGGAUGGUCAGUCCGGAGACGGUGUCGCCCACCAAACUGGGCUCUCAGUAUUACCAGCAUUACGCAGGAAACCCGCGGCGGCGAGCCAUGCACAGCGACUCCAUGGAGGUCCAAACGAAGAAGGUUCGGAAAGUUCCUCCUGGAUUGCCCUCAUCAGUAUACGCCCCGUCUGCCAGCACUGCCGAUUAUAACCGGGACUCACCGGGAUACCCGUCCUCUAAAGCACCGGGCAGCAGCUUUACCAGUUCCUUCUUUAUGCCAGACGGUCAUCACAGUACAGACCCAUGGAGCUCAUCCGGCAGUAUGAACCAGCCCGGAUACAACAGCAUGCUGGGAAACUCCACACACAGCGCUCAGAGCAGCAGCUACUGCGGCCUUCACCCGCACGAGAGACUCAGUUACCCGUCACACUCGUCUGCUGAGAUUAACCCCAGUCUUCCUCCCAUGUCCAGUUUCCAUCGGAGCGGCGGGACGAAUCACUACAGCGCGGCGUCCUGCUCCGCCACCACAAACGGAACAGACAGCGUCAUGGCCAAUCGAGCGUCGAGCGGAGCAGGAAGCAGCUCGCAGACGGGAGACGCGUUAGGAAAGGCUCUGGCUUCAAUCUAUUCCCCCGACCACACCAAUAACAGCUUCUCGUCCAACCCGUCCACUCCUGUGGGAUCACCUCCGUCGCUCACAGCUGCCAGUACAGCCGUCUGGUCCAGAAACGGUCAGGGAGCUUCGUCCCCCAGUUACGAGCCGCCGCUGCACUCGUUGCAAAGUCGUAUCGAGGACAGAUUGGAGCGUCUCGACGAUGCGAUCCACGUGUUGCGGAGUCAUGCGGUGGGUCCGUCCACGGCGAUGCCCGGAGGUCAUGCGGACAUGCACGGAUUGAUUACUCCAUCCCACUCGCACAACGGGGCCAUGGGCGGCCUGAGCGCCGGAUACAGCUCAGGACUGCUGCCGUCCAACAGACACUCGCUCAUGGUGGGCGGUCAUCGUGAGGACGGUGUGGGUUUGAGGAGCGGUCACCCCAUCGUGGCCAAUCAGGUGUCGGUGCCGCAGCUUCCUGUGCAGUCGGCCACUUCCCCCGACCUCAGCCAGCCCGAUCCGUACAGGGCUCUCUCCGGCGGCCUGCAGGGUCAGAGCACCUCGUCUGUGAGCUCAGAGAUCAAAUCUGAAGAUGAAGGAGACGAGAAUCUACAGGACAGCAAAUCUCUGGACAACAAGAAGGACGACAUGGACAAGGAUCUGAAAGCUAUAGAGAGCAACAACGACGACGAGGACCUGACGCCGGAGCAGAAGCUGGAGCGGGAGAAGGAGCGGCGGAUGGCGAAUAACGCCCGUGAGCGUCUGCGCGUGCGGGACAUCAACGAGGCCUUCAAAGAGCUGGGCCGCAUGGUGCAGCUCCACCUGAAGAGCGACAAACCCCAGACCAAACUGCUCAUCCUGCACCAGGCCGUCGCCGUCAUCCUGAGUCUGGAGCAGCAGGUCCGAGAGCGGAAUCUGAAUCCAAAGGCGGCGUGUCUGAAGAGACGAGAAGAAGAGAAGGUGUCGUCGGACGGCCCUCCUCUCUCAUUGGCCGGUUCCCACCACGGCAUGGGCGAGGCGUCCAAUCCCAUGGGACAAAUGUCAAAGCUGCCAGAAUUCAUCAAAAUGAUGAGCGACCACUUCCUUUGACAGAGUCAUUUCUGCCCUGAACGUCAGUCAAACAAUCAGUGAAUCAAUCAAACUUCCAUCUGACCGACCAACUUCUAUGUGUUCCUGUUCCCGACUGCGUCACGCCAUCUGAGGAUAUAUAUACUGUAAAUGAGUCACGUGGGAUGGCUGUCCAUAUCUUCCUCCGAGCAUUCCCUGUUCAAAAAGAAGACGUUUUUAUGUACACACACACACACACACAUACACACACACAAGAUUUGAAAGGUGCAGACGGAGGAUUCUUCAAACAUAUCAUGAAGUUGUACAGACGUUUGGAGGUGUCGAGACCAGCCCUCUGAUUUCAAUGGCAAUCCUGUCCACACUGUGGAACUUUUGUAGCUGUGCCUCACGGAACUCCUCGUGGAAGAACAGAAUUCUGAAAUUCCGAAUCAGAAUCGGGACGAGAGGGGCUGUCAAUCAAACGCAUUCGACGGAAUUAGGCUGUAGAAUUUCACAAAACCGUUUGCAAUAAUGUUAUUUCAGUUCUUUUCGAGAAGCUGACAGGGACGUCAAACUGUUUUGAAACCAGCAGACCCCGACAGAGAAGGUUUAGAGGCCGUUCCUUCACCGGUUCGGGCGCAUUUUACGAACGCCCGUCUGUCAGCGAACGCAGCUUUGCUCUUGAAGACCUCGCGGUCACUUCAGAGGUUGUGAGCAGACGCGCUUUAAUAGCCGCAGCAGGUCAUUUCUCUCCGUUUUUUUGUUCGUUCUCUAGCCAUCUCCUCUCCUCGAGCCCUCCCGGACCCCGAAGAUGCAAUUUUAACAUGACUAAACUUCAACCAAUGUGCCUUUUAGAGCUCAUAUCAUCACACAACUGGAGGAGAACAUUAUCAGAACUUUCUAGGAUGCAAGCUUAGGAAAACGUUAGUCAUUAGGUCUAUGCAGUCAGGCGUUUUACGGCCUGGGAUUUAAAAAAAAAAAAGUAAAAAGGUAAAAAAAGUAUUUUUUUGGAUAAACUGUAUUUAAUGUACUGUAUGGCUAUAUGUAAUUAGAAGGUGUGUCCACCCCCUCGUGGCUCCACCCACAGCCCCGCCCACCUGUCACGUCGUUAUUGAGCAUUGUAUUAUAGAUAUCCGCUUUUAUGAAUACUGGCUUGUUGUUGAGCCGCUGUAGUCCUCAGUACAAAUGUGUGGUUGUACGUGUAAAAUGGCUUUUCUUCUUUUUUUAUCUCUCUAUUCUUUGUCUGUACUGGUUUCUCUGUCAAAAAAAGGAAAAAAUAUGAUUACGAAGCCGCGGGUGAUCUGUGAGGAUCGGCGGCGGUUUUAUCGACGCAAUCAACGGGAGGCACUGAAAGUGGACAAAAAAGUCUAUUAGAAAAUCGCUAUAUAUAAAUGUAGAAAUAUAUACAGUAUAUAAACAAAGGAGAGUCCGGCGGAAAGGAGAGUUCACGAGGAUUGAUGUUUCUUUCUUUCCGGAGACGUCCGGUAUCCGCUCCGAGACACGUGACUCUGUUGUGAUAUUUUUCAAAAUGUCGGCGCGAUCCUAAAGGCGCCUCCGCGGGACCGAAGUGUCGUCCGCUCCCGCUACAGCUGCGGCCGGCAAGGGAAACACGGACAUUUGUAAAUUGUAUGCAACAAAUGCAAACUUACCAUUAUUUUGAAAUUGUGUAUGUAAAAGUUAUAUUUUUACAUGUAGGCUGUUGUUAUUUUGUGUUUAGAAAUGCGUUGUAUCAGUUUUUUUCUUUCUUUCUUUUUUUUUUUUUUUUUUUUUUGGAAAAAAAUAAUUCAUUGUGUGUUGAAACGUGUCACAUUGAAAAUGUAGUGAGAACAAAAGCAAAAAAAAAAAAAAGAUUAUGUUUA